AUGUUAAGAUCAUUCAAAUCAAUUCCAGCUGCUGGAAGAUUUUCCCAAUUUGUCAGAUACGCCUCCAACAAGAAAUAUGACGUUGUUGUCAUUGGUGGUGGUCCAGGUGGUUAUGUUGCUGCCAUCAAGGCUGCCCAAUUGGGUUUAAACACCGCUUGUAUUGAAAAAAGAGGUGCUUUGGGUGGUACCUGUUUGAAUGUUGGUUGUAUCCCAUCUAAAUCUUUAUUGAACAACACCCACUUGUUGCACCAAGUUCAACACGAAGCCAAAGAAAGAGGUAUUGCUAUUGAAGGUGAAGUCAAAGUUGAUUUCCCACAAUUGAUGGCCUCUAAAGAAAAAGCCGUUAAACAGUUGACCGGUGGUAUUGAAAUGUUGUUCAAAAAGAACAAGGUCGACUACUUGAAAGGUGCUGGUUCAUUUGUCAAUGAAAACACCAUUAAAGUUACCCCAAUCGACGGUGGUGAAGCACAAGAAGUUGAGGCCGAAAACAUUAUUGUUGCCACUGGUUCUGAACCAACUCCAUUCCCAGGUAUUGAAAUCGAUGAAGAAAGAAUCGUCACCUCCACUGGUAUCUUAUCCUUGAAGGAAGUUCCAGAAAGAUUAGCCAUCAUUGGUGGUGGUAUCAUUGGUUUGGAAAUGGCUUCUGUCUACUCCAGAUUGGGAUCUAAGGUUACUGUCAUUGAAUUCCAAAACGCCAUUGGUGCUGGUAUGGAUGCUGAAGUUGCCAAGCAAUCUCAAAAAUUAUUGGCCAAGCAAGGUUUGGACUUCAAAUUGGGUACUAAAGUCACCAAGGGUGAAAGAGAUGGUGAAAUUGUCAAGAUUGAAGUUGAAGAUGUCAAAUCCGGUAACAAAUCAGAACUUGAAGCCGAUGUUUUGUUAGUUGCCAUUGGUAGAAGACCAUACACUGAAGGUUUGAACUUUGAAGCCAUCGGUUUAGAAAACGAUAACAAGGGUAGAUUAGUCAUUGACGAUCAAUUCAAAACUAAACACAGUCAUAUUAGAGUCAUUGGUGAUGUCACAUUUGGUCCUAUGUUGGCCCACAAAGCUGAAGAAGAAGGUAUUGCUGCUGCUGAAUACAUCAAGAAAGGUCACGGUCACGUUAACUAUGCCAACAUUCCAUCUGUCAUGUACACUCACCCAGAAGUUGCCUGGGUUGGUUUGAACGAAGAACAAUUGAAAGAACAAGGAAUUAAAUACAAGGUUGGUAAAUUCCCAUUUAUUGCCAACUCUAGAGCCAAGACCAACUUGGAUACCGAUGGUUUCGUUAAAUUCAUUGCUGAUGCUGAAACUCAAAGAGUUUUGGGUGUCCACAUUAUCGGUCCAAAUGCCGGUGAAAUGAUUGCUGAAGCUGGUUUGGCUUUGGAAUACGGUGCUUCUACCGAAGAUAUUUCCAGAACUUGUCAUGCUCACCCAACCUUAUCUGAAGCAUUCAAAGAAGCUGCUUUGGCCACUUUUGACAAACCAAUCAACUUCUAA